GGGGUGUGGAAGGGUGAUAGAUAUAUAUAAACAAAAGGCAGCGUCUACCAACAGAAUCGCUACUGCAUCAGUAAAGUUUGGCAGGCCUUACGGACGGCGAUCGGAGGACAUUUUCCACACACAUAACUCCCACUCUCCCAAGGCCAUUUUGAACAAUAUAAUUUGCUGCUGGAUCUGAGGAGUGACUACAGGAGGAUUUUUUCAUGGAUUCCCCAGCACCUAUUCCGGAGCCCAAGCUGACUGAAAAUGAGACAGUCGAAGAAUCCAUUAGAGUGUCGCUGACGACAACACCGCCAUGGAGCCCCGGCCGUCGAGACACUGGGGAGGCCGUUAUAGGCGUGACAUUAGCAGACCCAGACGUAUACAGAGGGAAGUUCCACGUGCACUACCAGGCGAAAGUCCUAAGCAUGAAUAUUGACGUCCUCGCAGCUUUGGGACAAGAUCCUGACCUAACCAGUGUCGAGUGGGCAAGUGGAAAACUGGCUCAUUAUGUCAUCGGUAUCGUGGCAGCACGUCAAGAACAGACACCAUCUUCCUUUUAUGGUUACAACCUGGUCAGCAUCCUGCAGAAGCAGCUUAUCCUCUCUGAAGAUCAAUUCCGCAAAAACAGAUUUAAACUGUCAUGGAUGGCUAUUGCUUUAUGUCAACAAAACGCGACAUUUGACCAGAAGUUUGAGGACAUCCUGACAGCAAAUCCGGGCACUUAUUACUAUGGAAUAGAUGAGGCAUCGAUGAUAACUAUGGCAUGUUUGUGCCUCAACACCACGGGUUGCUCCUCUGCUGCCAAUGCCGCCGAGAAGUUCGUGUCGGAAAACCUUAAAACAGGUCUAAAUGUCUAUUCUCUUGGCCUAGGAGCACAGGCUCUCAUUGCUACUGGAAAGACUUCAUACUUGCCACAAAUACAGAAAGCGGUAACUGAAAUAAAAAGCAAAUUGAGAAAUGUUGUAGAGAAAAUGAACAAUGGACUUGGCGUUUCACAAAUCCUUCCUCCCUUUGCAAAGAGAUCGCUUCUUGACAUCGCCUGUCUUCCACCUCUUGAUUAUCACCAAACAGUUCCUUUGUGUUCAGGUCAGACAAUUGAGAUAUUUUUCACAGUAGAAGACCUUAUCAUGACCAAUACCACCCGACAAUAUAACGUAGUCGUGUCUGUACCACCAAAUCCGACACUUCUACAGUCUAUGCAAGCUCUCCAGGCCCAGCCGGACUCCGAAUUCAGCUUCGGGACCAUUUCAACCAGUUUGGGACCUAUGGUUAUCACAAUUAAUGGUAUAACAAGAGAUGAAAACAGCAAUUACUGGAAGAUUCUGACGGCUCCAGACAUACCCCUCGAACAAGGUGUUGCAGAAACCUAUCACAAAGACGGAAAACGCUACAUAUUUAAUCUCACUGCCUUGAACCGUCCUUAAAAUGUACAAAACAUGGUGAAGAAUAAGUCUGUUUCCAUGGUAGCAAACUUGAACAUUUCACCUAUAUAUGGAAACUACUGUCAACGUGUAUAUAUUUUUUAGCUGUAUUCUUAUUUUAGCGCUUUUCACAGUUUGAAGAAUAGGCUUGUUUAUGAUUUUGCUUAUUCAUAUUUUUAUAUAAAGUCUUCAAUUGCAUUUUGUAAGUGCGCCGUUAUGAGAAUUAUGACAAUAUAUGUGCGAAAUAUGCAUUUGAGUAAAAGUUGCUGUCAUAGCAAUGAAACAUUAUGAUAAUAAUAAAUCAUAAUUCGAGGUUCUUAUUUACCGCUUUAUCACAAGGUUCGUAGGUCGU